UAGUGGUAUGAAUGUACCAAAAGGUUUAAUGAUUUGACGUGUACAAUUAGAGAUCAUCUCUGGUACAACUCUAUAUACUGAAUUAGUAUAGUUAUAACUAUAACUGUUUUGUUACAAGAUUGUGGUUAAGAUGGGUCCGGAUAAGAAUGCAGAAAAUCCUGUAACCAAAAUCAACAAAUGGGAUGGAUCUGCAGUAAAGAAUGCAUUAGAUGAUGCAGUUAAGGAUGUACUUACAAAAAAAUACAAUUACAUAGAGAAUUUUGCUUUAUUGGAUGGAAGAUUAGCUCUAUGUGGAAUUGCUAUAAUAGUUGCAAUUGUUGCCCUCCUCUGUGAUUAUUUAUAUCCUUUCCCUGCAUCGAAGCCUGUGUUACUUGUUUGUGUUUCAUUAUAUUUCUUUUUAAUGGCACUUUUGACUUUGUAUACAGCAUACAAAGAAAAGGGUAUAUUUAUAGUAGCCAUUGAAAGAGAUCCAGCAGGUUUUAAUCCAGAUCUGGUUUGGGAAGCAAGCUCAUAUUUAAAGAGACAUGAUGACAAAUAUAAUCUUGUACUAUCCGUCAGAAGUACAGCCACAGGAAACGUGAAUGAAACUAGUGUUACAAAAUCUGUUGCAAAUUUUAUUGAUAUCAAUGGUAUUGUUAUACCAGAAUUAAUAGAAAAUGUGGUAACAAGUAUGCAUGAUAGUUUAACUAAUCAACGUAAAGAAAAGUAACAGGAGGAAUGAUAUUCAAUUGAACAAAAUUAUUUCUUUUCUUACAAUUCAUGGAACAAUUGUCUUUAAUAUUCCAUAUACAUACUUCAUAUUGGUGUAAAUCUAUCUCAAAAAUAAAAAUCCGACGAUUUUUGGCAUACGUAUUGUAAUUCGUUUUUAAAUACAAUAAAAAACAAAUAUAAACUUUUA